AUGACAAUUUAUUAUUACUUAGACGUUGAUUUUAUAAUUGAGAAUAAUAAAGUCGAAGUGGAUAUUUAUAAACUAAAGCAAAUUAUCACAAGCUGUGUGAGAAAAUUAUUCGGAGAGGCAGGAGUCGGGAAUCAAGUGGAUAUAUUAAAAUACGAGGCCAGCACAGGCCAAAUUAUAUUACGCUGUUUUAGAGAUUUUUAUGUAAAAUUAAGAUCAUCAUUGUCAUUUGGCAGUGAAUUUGAUGAUAUACAUUAUUCAUUUUAUGUCAAAAAGGCAUCAGCAUCCAUUUUGACAUUACUUUCCAAUAAUAAGCUUUAUAAAUUUUAA